UUCAUGCGUGAACCAAUGUUUAUAAUCUCAUUUCUAUUUAUAAACCGUGAUUCAUUCAUCGAUUAUACACAGUUGUGGCGUUUUAUGAGGUUUGAUGUAUUUUAAUCGCGGAGUAAACUUUACAAAUGAACAUGUAAACUUGCUUUCCUCAUUGACAGGCGAAAAUUCAAUUGAAAAACAUGGUUUAUGGCUAUGACGUAUCUGACUAAUGUAGUGUAAUAACAAUAGUAAUCUGCGCAGAAUUACAUAUACUAGUACACUUAAAGGAAUACACUUGAUGCGGAUGACAGAAACUGAGCGGAUACAUACAAUUUAUGUAAGUGUGAAGUUUUAACAGUGUGUAUAAAACGACCACGAGGUGUUUUAAAAUUGUACAAGAGUGUACGUGUAUGUCUAUAAUUGAUGACACACAUGCGGAGUUAUCGAUCCCGUAAACAGUUCACGUUAUCGGUAUUUCGUCUGUUGUAACGGAUUCUGAAGAAACAGUAAACGAAAACGGAGAUACCAAAGCGGCAUUCUACUGGCGUACAAAGUUGGGUGUAAAGUGAACUGGGGAUCUACAUCUCAUCUGAAUCAUGAAGGCCGGAGAUCCCGGAAGUGGAACUAAUGGGAUUGAAAUAGUUGCAGAUCAUCCGUUAAACGAUCAUAACGAUGCCAUUGGUGGAGAGUCCAGGGAGGGGGUAGAUAUGGCUGGAGCUCACGGCGUGGACGCUGGCGGAAGCAGCAGUACCGGAAGUUCUAAUGCUUAUGGAUCAUCAGUGGACGCCAAGGGUCUCUCAAUAUUCAAUAAGAGACCGCAAGAACAGCCGGGCCCUGCGAGGCGUCCCCUUAUCAACCUGGAGUUGGACUCCUAUGACGUCACACACCGGGAGCGCGGUCACGCCCUUAUCAUCAACCAAGAGACGUUCAGCGUGGAACUCAACAGACGAGGCUUCACGCGGCGUACCGGCACAGCGGUGGAUGAGCGCAAUAUCUCCCGGAAACUGAAAGCCAUGGGAUUCCAAGUGAAGUCAUACCCGGAUCUGAAAGCCAGUCAGAUCCGCAGCGUGUGUGCCAAGAUGGCCGCUCAGGACCACUCGGAUAGCGACAUGUUCUUGUUUGUGAUCCUUACCCAUGGAGAGGAGGGGAUAGUCUUCGGGACCGACGAGGGGCUCGAGAUCCAAGAAGUGGCCGGCUAUUUCAAGGGCGACAAAUGCCCCUCGCUUGUCGGUAAACCUAAACUUUUCUUCAUUCAAGCGUGUCGGGGAUACAAGACAGACGCCGGUGUUCACAUCAGUGUCACAGACGCGCUGCCUGCAUCAAUGAAGGGGAGCGACUCAAUCAAGCUCCCAGUGGAGGCAGACUUCCUGUUCGCGUAUUCCACGGUGCCCGGAUAUUACUCGUGGAGAAACGGCACAAACGGUUCCUGGUUUAUUCAGGCGUUAUGCGCGGUGCUAGACAUGUUGGGGGACGAACCCGUGGAAUUGCAGAAGAUCUUAAUUGCCCUUAACCGCAAGGUGGCGCAAUCGUUCGAGUCGAAUAAUCCCGGGAACGCUGAUUUUCACCAGAUGAAACAAGUGCCUGCAAUUUCGUCUAUGCUUACAAAGGAUCUGUUUCUUACAAGGAAGAAAUAGCGGUAGUCUGAAAGAAAACUGUGCAGUUACAUGUAUACUUUUUUGUCCAUGUUUUAUUUGAAGAUUUAAACUCAUUUUUGUUUUGUUUGUCAUCAGAUCUGUUUUUGUUUACAGUUCAUUUAGUUUUUAAAGUGUUUGUUUAUUUAAUUGAUAUUGUUCUGUUUAUACGUUGUUCUGCAUGAAACUGCCACAUAUUUGUACUUCUACAGGAAACACAAUUGUACGUGUAAAUUAACACAUGGUAUAUACUCUAUACAUAUACAUGGUCCACUUGAGCUAUACAUGUUUUCUAUGUGCAUUUAGUAAGCUCAUUGUUGCAGACUGUAACUUAUACAACAGAAGAAUGGUGGAAAGUUGCAUUUUGAUUGGAAAACUAAAGCAUAUCAUAUAAGACUAUGCAUUGUUUUAUUUUAACGCAAUCUGGUGGACAAAGGUUUUAACAUCCCAAAACUAUUAUAAUGACAAGCAUGCUCCAUUAUUUCUAAUGUUAGUGUAGCCGAACUUAGGUAAGCGCUGAGUUAUUUGCAAUUAGUGUGCGCUUUUUGCAUGUAUACAAUCAAUGUUCUUUUUGGAUAAUGUACCAGGGAGUUAACUGAGUUCUGAUUACUUUGAAUCUCGUCGCGGUUACCUCCCGUAUCCACUUUGAAUUAAAAAGUUUGUUGAAACUACAUGAUCAUUUAUUUUCCGUAAAACGGCAUUACGCGCCGAUGUAUGGCGAUGUGUGUUUUCCAUGGCGUAAGCUUUUCGCGAAAUCUGUCUUAUGAAUCAGAUACGCCGAAGAGGCAAGUUCCUUUUAUACCUUAUGAUAAAAUAUGACAUUUCUGCAGUGAAAUAACAGCAAUGAAAAGAACAAAUUGGUAUUUUCACCGGUGAAAAAAACAAAUUUUCGGAACUCCUUCUAUUUUUAGAUUAUCAUAAAUAAUUUAAAAUAUAUUUUCUAUGAUCACGAGUGAAUUAAAACCGAUUUUCCACCGAAUCCAACAAAUUUUCUUUUUAUUUUAAGACUUCACCGUUUAUUUACAUUGUUAAAGAGUUUAAACUGGAGAAUUUCCCUUGUAUUAUGACGUCAUUUCGUCACACUAAUGACGUCAUUUUGUGUUUUGAAAUGUAUUGAGGCACGCCACGGGAGAAACUCCGAGAAAGGGUAACUUUCGCCACUCGUGAAAAUAUAUGUUCUAUGAUCACUCGUGAAAUAACAAACGAUCGUACACUGACAUGAACAAGAAUCCUCUAUUUCUUUUAUACCUAAUGAUAAAACAUGACAUUUCUGCUGUGAAAUAACAGCAGUGAAAAGAACAAAUUGUUAUUUUCACCGGUGAAAAAUACAAAUUUUUGGAACUCCUUUUUCAAUUUUUAGAUUAUCAUAAAUAAUUUAUAUAUUUAUAUUCUAUGGUCACGAGUGAAUUAAAAUCGACAUUCCACCGAAUACAACAAAUUUUCUUUUUAUUUUAUGCAUUUUCACCGUUUAUUUACAUUGUAAAAGAGUUUAACUGGAGAAUUUCGCUGGUAUAAUGACGUCAUUUUGUCACACGAAUGACGUCAUUUUGUGUUUUGAAAUGUAUUAAUUUUAAGGCACGCCACGGGAGAAACUCUGAGAAAGGGUAACUUUUCAGCUGAAGGGAAACAGCUGUUAAUUAUUUUCUUGAAAAAGGGGCAUUACAGAAACAGAAAAUUUGUUCAUGUCGGUGUAAGAUCGUUUGUUAUUUCACUCGUGAUCAUAGAAAAAUAAUAUUUUUACUCGUGGCGAACAUAUAUUUGUUAUGAUAACUCGUGAAAUAACAAACGAUCUUACACUGACAUGAACACAUAUCCUCUAUUUCUAUCUCGAUUUGUCAAUAUUCACAACGCUAAUACGUCAGUUUCUAUGCGAUGUUCUAUCAAGAACCACACACAAUCUUUAAUUAUUGCACUUAGUUACGUCAAUCAAGAAUAGGACCGUACAUGAGCCGCGGCGUGCGAAAAUAAAUGUUAUGCUAUAGGAGGCUAGCGGAGCUCCAGACCAGACUUCGCGAAGUAGCUUCUUCGUCAGCUAUAAAGUAAGUUUUCGUGUUCUAAUUAGCGGACAUAUUGACUCCUCAUCAGAGUAUACGGGCGCAGAGGCAUGUCUGGAGCUACACUAUUCGGAUAGGCCUGUUCGCAUGACUGCUCAGAAAUGUGUUUCGCCUUUUUCGUAAUGUGUUUUGGGAAGCAACAUUUGUAAAACAUGUUUUGGAAAAAAUGCCAUUAUCUAUAACGCUAUCUUUAUUUAAGACGAAUGACAUUUUGCAUCGAUUUUUAUAAGAAAUUCUAGUAAUUUGUCUUUGAAUAUUAAGAAACUUGAAAAAUAUGUUCAUGGUAAUUGCAAGGUUGUUACAUUAUAUUCGCAAAGUUG